AAACCGGAAGUAGGUGUUGAGAGCCGAGGGUUACGAUGUGGAUGUGUCUAAACGAUGCUGUCUAAAGAGAUUUAAGGAAAAUGUAUUUUAAAACUGAUUUCUGACUGAACUUAAUAUAAAAGUAGUCUUUAUUAUGAAACUUUGUGUAGAUGUGGUUUCUUGUACCAACUUUAAGUUUUCUCUUGCGUUGUUUAUACAGUGCUCGCUGUGCAGCAGACGACGCAGACAUUUGUCAUAUGACAGGCACUCCGAAACUGUGAAAACAUUUAUUCCCACUUGAUACAAGAAUAUACGAUGGCGGAUUUUCUUGCAGAAAACAAUCAGUGCGGACAGAAUCUGUUACGUCUUGUUUCUCGAGGAAACGCAAUAAUAGCAGAACUCCUGCGACUUGCAGAUUUUAUUCCAACGGUGUUUCGUUUAGAGUCAAAAAGUGAUCAAUUAAAAUAUGGAGACAUUCUUGCGGAUUUCAGCUACUUUCAAAGCGCUGAAUAUUUUGAUCACAGAAUCGAGUCCAGGGUGGAAUUACAAGAUUUGGAUGAAGAAUUCAGAGAAAAUCAUAUUGAUAUUCUGACAAGAUUCUACCAAGCAUUUUCAAGUGUCCACAAAUAUGUGACAGACCUGAACAGGUAUUUGGAAGAUUUAGAAGAAGGUGUGUACAUUCAGCAGACCAUGGAAUCUGUGCUGCUAAAUGACGAUGGCAAGCAGCUGAUGUGUGAAGCACUCUUUCUGUAUGGUGUUAUGCUGCUUGUUAUUGAUUCCAAAAUUGAAGGAGUCAUCAGAGAAAGAAUUUUGGUUUCUUACUACAGAUACAGUGCACAGAAGGCUUCUGCUGGUGACUCCAACAUUGAUGAUAUCUGCAAGCUGCUCCGUAGCACUGGGUUUUCUUCCAACCCAUCAGCAAAGCGGCCACCAAACUAUCCAGAAUCAUACUUUGGGAGAGUGCCUAUCAAUGCUGAAUACAUCAAUAUGGUAAUAGGACGGUUACGUUCAGAUGAUAUUUACAACCAGAUUUCUGCCUACCCUCAGCCUGAGCAUCGGUCAACAGCACUUGCUACACAGGCUUCUAUGCUUUAUGUCAUCCUCUACUUUGAGCCAGACAUCCUUAUGAACCAGCAAGCCAAGAUGAGAGAAAUUGUAGACAAGCAUUUUCCUGAUAACUGGGUCAUCAGUGUGUACAUGGGAAUAACAGUUAACCUUGUUGAUGCCUGGUCCACAUACAAAGCUGCCAUGACGGCUCUCAAUAACACUUUGGAGCCAGGCAACAUUAGAGAGCAGUCUUCCAAGUUUUCUCGAAACCUGGAGAGGCUGAAGCCAGUGUUGGAAAAAAACCUACAAGAAGGAGUGUUGAAGGAAGACUUUGUUCUUGACUCUGUCCCCAAACUGAUGAACACAAUCCGGGAAGCUAAUGUCACUCUCCGUUGGCUUAUGUUGCACAAUGCUGCCCUCAGUCCAGCAGCAGAAAUGAACAAAAGAGUGAAACAAGUUCGAGACCAGGUUGUCGCUGACAGUCACUUUAAUCCUCUGGCUGUCUUUGAGCUCCUUCUCAAUGUUGGGCAGUUUGAGUUUAAACUGAAAGAGAUGUUUAAGCAGAUGCUCGCAGAAAAACAAGACAAGUGGGAGAGCUACAAGAAAGAGGGGCGUGAGCGUAUGGAAGAACUUGGGGAGGUUUUCUCUGGAACAAAACCUCUUACCCGGGUUGAGAAAAAUGAAAAUCUUCAGGCAUGGUUCACAGAAAUGGCAAAACAAAUAGGGUCUCUGAAUUAUGAUGACUCAACUUCAGCUGGCCGCAAGAUUAUACAGCUUAUCCAAGCUUUGGAGGAGGUACAAGAGUUCCACCAGCUUGAAAGUAACUUACAGGUGCGCCAGUUCCUGGCGGAUACCCGUCGCUUUCUUCACCAGAUGAUCCGUACCAUCAACAUCAAAGAGGAGGUCCUCAUUACAAUUCAGAUUGUUGGUGACCUGUCUUAUGCCUGGACCUUAAUGGAUAGUUAUACUGUGUACAUGCAGCAAGGCAUUAAAAGUGAUCCUUCUCUUGUCAUCAAGCUGAGGGCUACAUUUCUCAAGAUGGCAUCAGCUUUGGACCUGCCUUUGUUGAGAAUCAACCAGGCUGGCAGUUCAGAUCUGAUUAGUGUAUCCCAGUACUACUCUGGAGAACUUGUAGCAUAUGUCAGGAAGGUGCUUCAGAUCAUUCCCCAGACCAUGUUCAGUCUUCUGGCUAGGAUCAUUCAGUUGCUGACCAAUCAGAUCAAGGAGGUGCCAACCCGCCUGGAGAAGGAUAAAAUGAAGGAGUAUGCUCAGCUGGAUGAGAGGUACCAGGUGGCCAAGCUGACUCACUCUAUCUCUGUGUUCACAGAGGGUAUCCUUAUGAUGAAGACAACUCUUGUUGGAAUAAUAAAGGUGGACCCCAAACAGUUGCUAGAAGAUGGCAUCCGGAAAGAGCUGGUGAUGCAAGUAGCCUAUGCACUUCAUCAGGGCCUUAUGUUCAACCCGAAGUCAAAGGUCAGUGAGCUGUUGCCUCGACUUGAUGCACUUGGUGACCAAAUGGAUGGGUUUCGUCGUUCGUUUGAGUACAUCCAAGACUAUGUCAACAUUUAUGGCCUAAAAAUCUGGCAGGAAGAAGUGUCUCGAAUUAUCAAUUACAACGUAGAACAGGAGUGCAACAGUUUUUUCGAACAAAGGUGAAAAUAGUAUUAUGUACAAGACUGGCAGAGCAUAUACCAGUCAACAGCCAUACCCAUUCCUAAGUUCCAGCCAGUGGAUGAGAGUGUCAACUUCAUUGGUAGACUGGCUCGAGAGAUUAUCCGGAUCACAGAUCCCAAAACAGCAACCUAUAUAGACCAGAUGAAAGCAUGGUAUGAUAUGAAGACAAAACAGGAGGUUGCCAACAGACAACUGUUUGAAAAAAUUCAUCGAGCAGUGGGCAGCUUUGGAUUGUCAGGGCUGGACCGUUUGCUGUGCUUCAUGAUUGUCAAGGAGCUACAGAACUUCCAGCGCUUGAUUAAUCGGCAGGUUCUCCGUGACAAGAACUGGAUGGAAUAUUUUGGUUCUUUGACGCGUUCAUUGAACCCUCUGCAAGGCCUUGUUGCUCAGCCUCAGAAGUUGUAUGCGCAAGCCUUGUCAAAAACAAGUCGACUUUGGUCUCAGUUCUUGGACAUUAUCCUUAGGGUUGGUCAGCUUCAGUUGCUGAGAAGACAAAUUGCUUAUGAGCUCAACACAUCUUGCAAGUUUGACUCAAAGUUCCUUGCCAGUGCAAUCCAAACUCUGAAUAAUGGUUUGCUAGCAGACAUACAGAGACACUAUCAGGACCCGACUCUGCCCUACCCCAAGGAGGAGAACCCACUGCUAUUCGAGCUAGCAGGUUAUCUUGAAGCUGCAGGAUUCCAUAAUCCACUCCUGAAGAUCUACAUCACAACACAGAGGCUUCCGUACUUUUCUCUGUUCAAUUUUCUGCUGACUCUUUCUCAGCUGCCCAAACUUGUUUACACCCGGUCUCUUGAUACCAUGACAUGCAAGAAAGUGACUGACCCCAUGGAUGCCCCUGCACUGGUUGUUGGCAUUUUCACACUGCUGAAGCAAUUUCACAGUGAAAACACCAACUUUUUCCUGGCCUUCCUGUGCCAGUAUGUGCGCUCUAUGGUCGAAGCUUUGGGAAGUGCCAAAACCCCAGAAUCCUCUCAGGACGUGCUCAGUGUCUUAAUGUUUCUGGAGGACUUCAUCUUUUAUGGGGGACUGCCAAGAAAGAUGAUAGAAUCCUUCUUGCCACCAUAUCUGCUGGAUGAGUGCAGGACACAGUUUUCACAGUAAUGACUGAGUACUUCUUCUGCAUUCAUUUCAGUGUUCCAGUUCACUUUCAUUUACUGCCCUGCAGUGCUCAGUUCAAUUUCAGCAUUCCAUAAUGCGUGGGUUGAAAAGUUUUGAGUGACAUGAAUGUGUAUUUGCCUGUAUGUGUGUUUUGCAAAAGAGGAAAGAAAAUAAAAUCAAAAUACUGACCAUGUGCCUUUUCAGAUUGUAGCAGAAUUGACUGAAGAUUAGUCCAUUAAAAUCUGUGUACAUGUUUUAGCCAUACAAGUUAAUGUUUAAAGCUUUAUGUUGUUAAGAGUGUUAUGAAUCAUGAAGUAGUAAAUGAAUAUUGAAGUGCAAUAUAUUUUAAUGUGAUUUUGAAGAUUGUGGCAUGUAUUACAAGUACAGGAAAAAAGACUACUUCAGGAUAAACAGAGACAAAAACUUUUCACAUGCUAGACUUCCGAGGAACACUUAUAUUUUAUCUUUAGUUUGAAAUAAAUCUUUCUCUUUUCAGAUGUAUUAACCAUACAUUAUUGCAUCUUUCACCAACAUGUAUAAAAUAAUGUGGAAAUCACUUGUAUUCAAAUAAUGUUCAAUAAAUAAGGAAGUCUUUGA